CGGUCGGUUCGAGGAAAUACUUGACAAAAAAUAAAACGGAAGGAUAUUAUCAACAUUUGUGGUGUGACAAUUAACUAAGCACAAGACAAAGCUAAUUUUGUGUCCUGUGAGUGAGUCCUGGUCAACUGAGUGAAAAUGUAUUUACCGUACGCGCAAUUGCCGGAUCCGACAGAUAAAUUUGAGAUAUAUGAGGAGAUUGCACAGGGUGUCAAUGCAAAGGUUUUUCGGGCCAAGGAGCUGGACAAUGAUCGCAUCGUUGCGCUGAAGAUACAGCACUAUGAUGAGGAGCAUCAGGUGUCCAUUGAGGAGGAAUAUCGCACUCUGCGCGACUACUGCGCUCAUCCCAAUCUUCCCGAAUUCUAUGGCGUCUACAAGCUAUCAAAACCCAAUGGACCCGAUGAAAUUUGGUUCGUUAUGGAGUAUUGCUCUGGCGGUACCGCCGUGGACAUGGUCAAUAAGCUACUGAAGCUGGACCGUCGCAUGCGAGAGGAGCACAUUGCGUACAUCAUCAGGGAAACAUGUCGCGCUGCCAUCGAACUAAAUCGCAAUCAUGUUCUGCAUCGCGACAUACGAGGCGACAACAUUCUGCUGACCAAGAGUGGUCGUGUUAAGCUUUGUGACUUUGGGCUGUCGCGCCAGGUGGAGUCGACAAUGGGGAAACGGGGCACCUGCAUUGGUUCGCCCUGCUGGAUGGCACCGGAGGUGGUGAAGGCCAUGGAGUCCCGUGAACCAGAUAUUACGGUGCGUGCCGAUGUCUGGGCUUUAGGCAUCAGCACCAUUGAGCUGGCCGAUGGUAAACCUCCAUUUGCGGACAUGCAUCCAACGAGGGCAAUGUUUGCCAUUGUGCGCAAUCCGCCACCCACAUUGACGCGGCCCACGAACUGGUCGCAGCAGAUCAAUGACUUUAUUUCCGAGUGCCUGGAAAAGAAUCCGGAGAAUCGACCAAUGAUGGUGGAAAUGGUGGAGCAUCCGUUUCUAACGGAGCUCAUUGAGAACGAGGAGGAGAUGUGUUCGGAUCUAGCCGAGAUGUUGGAGCUAGCACGCGAUGUGAAGACAUUGAUCAAGGAACCCGAACUGUUUGUGGAUCGUGGCUAUAUCAAGCGUUUCGAUGAGAAGCCGGAACGUAUGUACCCCGAGGACCUGGCAGCUCUGGAGAAUCCAGUGGACGAGAGCAUUCUCGACUCGCUGCGCAAUCGUAUGGAGAUGGGCGAGUCCUACAGCUUCAUUGGUGACAUUUUGCUAUCACUCAACUCCAAUGAGAUCAAGCAAGAGUUCAGCAAUGAGUUUCAUGCCAAGUACAAAUUUAAGUCACGCUCGGAGAAUCAGCCGCACAUCUUUUCCGUGGCUGAUAUUGCCUAUCAGGACAUGCUGCACCACCGUGAACCGCAGCACAUAGUGUUCUCUGGCGAAAGCUAUUCGGGAAAAUCGACCAAUGCCCGUCUGCUAAUCAAGCAUCUUUGCUAUUUGGGCGAUGGAAAUCGUGGCGCAACUGGUCGCGUCGAGAGCUCCAUCAAGGCGAUACUAAUGAUGGUGAAUGCUGGCACACCAGUUAAUAACGACUCCACCCGGUGUGUGCUGCAGUAUUACUUGACUUUUGGCAAGACGGGCAAGAUGAGUGGCGCCGUCUUCAACAUGUAUAUGCUGGAGAAGCUGCGUGUGGCGACCACCGAUGGCAGCCAGCACAACUUUCACAUCUUUUACUAUUUCUAUGAUUUUAUCAAUCAGCAGAAUCAGCUGAAGGACUACAAUUUGAAGUCGGAUCGGAAUUAUCGCUAUCUCCGCAUACCGCCAGAUGUGCUCCCGUCCAAGCUCAAGUAUCGUCGUGACGACCCCGAGGGCAAUGUGGAGCGUUUCCGUGAGUUCGAGAACAUUCUUCGCGAUUUGGACUUCAAUCACAAGCAGCUGGAAACGGUACGAAAAGUGCUCGCUGCCAUUCUCAACAUAGGCAACAUACGAUUCCGCCAGUCGGGCAAGAAUGCCGAGGUGGAGAACUCUGACAUGGUCUCACGCAUUGCGGAGCUGCUGCGUGUCGACGAAAAGAAGUUCAUGUGGUCCCUGACCAAUUUCAUAAUGGUCAAGGGUGGUAUAGCCGAGCGACGCCAGUAUACGACAGAGGAAGCACGAGAUGCUCGCGAUGCGGUUGCCUCCACACUUUACUCGCGUUUGGUUGACUUCAUCAUCAACAGGAUCAACAUGAACAUGUCAUUUCCACGCGCCGUCUUCGGUGAUACGAAUGCCAUUAUCGUGCACGAUAUGUUUGGCUUUGAGUGCUUCAAUCGCAAUGGUCUGGAGCAACUGAUUAUCAACACGUUGAAUGAGCAGAUGCAGUAUCAUUACAAUCAGCGCAUUUUCAUUAGCGAAAUGUUGGAAAUGGAAGCCGAGGACAUUGAUGCCAUUAAUCUUAACUUUUAUGAUAACAAGACAGCUCUUGAUAAUCUCCUUACCAAGCCCGAUGGCCUGUUCUAUAUCAUUGACGAUGCUUCGCGCUCCUGUCAAGAUCAGGACUUGAUAAUGGAUCGCGUGUCGGAAAAGCACAGCCAGUUCGUGAAGAAGCACACUGCCACUGAGCUAUCUGUGGCCCAUUAUACGGGCCGCAUCAUUUACGAUACGCGCGCCUUCACCGACAUCAAUCGCGACUUUGUGCCGCCCGAGAUGAUCGAAACGUUCCGCUCCUCGCUGGACGAGAGCAUCAUGCUCAUGUUUACCAAUCAGCUAACUAAAGCUGGCAAUUUAACCAUGCCCUUUGAGGCCGUACAGCAUAAGGAUGAAACAGAGCGCAAGUCAUACAAUCUCAACACGCUCAGCACUGGUUGUAUCUCGCAAGUGAAUAAUCUUCGCACCAUGGCCGCCAAUUUCCGUUUCACCUGUUUGACGCUUCUCAAAAUGCUCAGCCAGAACGCGAAUCUGGGUGUUCACUUUGUGCGUUGCAUACGCGCCGAUCUCGAGUACAAGCCACGUGCCUUCCACUCGGACGUUGUGCAGCAGCAGAUGAAGGCACUGGGUGUUCUGGACACAGUUAUCGCUAGACAGCGUGGCUACUCCACACGUUUGCCCUUCGAUGAGUUCCUCAAGCGUUAUCAGUUUUUGGCCUUUGACUUUGAUGAACCGGUUGAGAUGACCCAAGAAAAUUGUCGCCUAUUGUUUUUGCGUUUGAAAAUGGAGGGCUGGACUCUGGGCAAGACCAAGGUAUUCUUGCGCUACUACAAUGAUGAGUUUAUGGCCAGACAAUAUGAGCUGCAGGUGAAGAAGGUUAUCAAGGUGCAGUCAAUGAUGCGUGCCUUGCUCGCACGCAAGCGCGUCAAAGGCGGCAAGGUCUUUAAAUUGGGCAAGAAGGGAGCUGGACAGCAUGAUGAGGCCGCAUCCAAAAUACAAAAAGCUUAUCGGGGUUUCCGAGACCGCGUGCGUUUGCCUCCGCUGGUCAACGAGAAGUCCGGACAGCUCAAUGAGAACACAGCGGAAUUCAUUCGACCCUAUGCGAAGAAGUGGCGUGAGAAGUCCAUCUUCCAGGUGCUGUUACAUUAUCGCGCCGCACGCUUCCAGGACUUGGUCAAUCUAUCGCAGCAAGUGCACAUCUACAAUCAGCGCAUGGUGGCUGGUUUAAACAAAUGCACUCGUGCGGUGCCUUUCGAGCGGAUUAAUAUGCGAGAGGUGAACUCCUCGCAACUGGGACCGCUGCCCGUGCCCAUCAAGAAGAUGCCCUUCCGCUUGGAUCAGAUACCCUUCUACGAUACACAAUAUAUGGUCGACCCAGCCAAUUCCAUUUCACGUCAAUCAUUUCCCAACCACCUGCUGAUGCACCAGGCGGAGGACGACGAGCCAUGGGACAGUCCCUUGCAGCGGAAUCCUUCGAUGACCUCCUGUUUGCUCACCUACAAUGCAUACAAGAAGGAGCAGGCCUGUCAGACUAACUGGGAUCGCAUGGGCGAGAGCGAUAAUAUCUACAAUCAAAGCUACUUUCGAGAUCCCCAGCAGCUCAGGAGAAAUCAAGUGCAAAAGAAUAUGAAUGCCUACAAUAAUGCUUACAACAGCUACGACAGCAACUACCAAAGUAAUAAUAUGAGCGGUAAUUGGGGCGUCCAUCGGUCUGCAUCUCGUCGCAAUUCCUUGAAGGGCUAUGCGGCGCCGCCACCACCACCGCCGCCCCAGCCCUCAUCCAACUACUAUCGAAAUAAUGCCAAUCAGCAGCAGCAGCGCAACUAUCAGCAACGCUCCUCGUAUCCCCCAUCAGAUCCGAUACGUGAACUCCAGAAUAUGGCGCGACGCAAUGAGGAUGAUAAUUCUGAGGACCCACCAUUCAAUUUCAAGGCCAUGCUACGGAAGACAAACUAUCCGCGCGGUUCCGAAACAAGCACCUAUGAUUUCCACAAUCGCCAGGACUCGGGCAACGAGCACCAGCACACAUUCCAGGCACCCAAGUUGCGCUCAACGGGACGCCGCUACGAUGAUGAGGGUGGCCAGUACUCCAAUCAAAGUAACGGCAAUUAUGGCGUGGCACGCAACUUUGCGCAACGUGCACCGCCAUUGCGCCAGACGCCGGCAAGCGUAGGACGCAGCUUUGAGGAUAGCAAUGCACGCUCCUUCGAGGAGGCGGGCUCCUACGUCGAGGAGGAGAUUGCACCAGGUGUGACGCUCUCCGGUUACGCUGUGGAUAUUUAAAAUACAAAUGAAUUACUUUUAAUAAUGAAGGAGCAAGUAACAGUUUUAGAAACUAUUCUAAUUGCCAUGGAAAGUAAAUAUUUGUAUUUAGAGAACCCACCAUAAACACCCAUAUAUCAACAUAUAUAUUAAUCCAUAGAUAGCUUAAAAAUUGUAGUAAUAAAUUUGAGUUCAGCAAA